AUGGCACGGGCUAGGGAAGAAGCAGGGGACAGCCAGUUGGUGUCUGGUAGGGAGUCAUCUUCACGUAUCAUCAGAGUGUCUGUCAAGACCCCACAGGACUGCCAGGAAUUUUUGCUGGCAGAAAAUAGUAGUGUCCUCCGCUUUAAGAAGCAAAUCUCCAAGUACCUUCACUGUGACACUGACCGAUUAGUGCUCAUCUUCUCUGGGAAGAUUCUCCGAGAUCAAGACAUACUAAGCCAGCGUGGCAUCCUUGAUGGCUCUACAGUCCACGUGGUAGUGAGGACUCGUUUGAAAGGGUCAGUCUGUACGGGAGGUCUGGCAGGCCCUACAGUCCACUGUACCCACCGUCCAGAACCACCGACCUCUGAUAGUGCUGGGGUACUAGUCAGGCUGGGCCGACUGGCCCGAACCUCACCUGACCUAGGUGAUUUCUUCAGCCAGCUUGUCCAACUGCUGACGACGGCACCAGAGUCGGUGGUGCAGUUCUUGGAAGAUCCUCUGAUUCAAGGGCUGGCAAAUGAGAAACAAGGCAAUGGCCUGCAUGUUCCUGAAUCCUCAAAGUCGGUACAGAAACGAGACCCAGCUCUCAAGUUUCCGGAAACCUUUCAGAAACCAGGGCGGCAACAGGAAGUCCUGCAGGAACACAAGCAGAGGCUGGAGGCCCCGAAAGCAGUGCCAGGAGGUGACAAUGCUUUGCGUCCUGGCUGUUCUGAUAUCCACCAGAUCAUGCUCUCCACUCUGGCCUUAUUGGUGGCUUCUAGGGGCCACAUUUCAGGCUCAGAGAUGUGCAGAGGAGAAGCUACCAACGCUCACUGCAGUUCUGAUCCCUCCACCACCAUUCCAGCCAGGCUCUUGGCACAAGAGGUCAGUACAGGAGGGGUUACCCAGGUCAAGGGCAUCCUCGCAAGUCAGGCUAUUUCAGGGUGCCGACCUGGUAUACUAGAUUUACACCUAGGCUCAGAUUUUCCCUUCCAAGAGAACCAGCAGCUGGUGGAGAAAGCCCCUCCAGUCGGUCACCCGAGACCCUCACCCUCUGCUUUGUGCCGAGCCUUAAACAUCCUGCAGCAGAAUCCAGCUCUGCUACACCAGCUGGCAACCGGCAGCCCCCUACUACAUCAUAUGCCUCUUCUUCCCAUCCUUACCAACCCGCGAGCGCUGCAGGCAUUGCUACAGAUAGAACAAGGCCUACAGAUACUGUCCAGGGAGGUGCCUGAGCUGGAACCAUUCUUAUGGGACUCAGCUAAACCAUGUGGGGCUACAGGAGCCCCAGAAACUAGGGGUAGAAGACAAACCCAUAGAGAAGAUACUUCACAACACUCCUUGGCCUAUCAGCAUCAUUCAUUGGCCAACGUCCAAACUGCACUGUCCUUGCCCCUCCUCAAUGAAGGUCGCUACCAGCAAGAACUGGAGCAGCUGAAAGCCUUGGGUUUUACUAACCACGAUGCAAACCUGCAGGCCCUUAUAGCCACGGAUAGAGAUAUCCACGCCGCCAUUGAGAGGCUUCUCGGGUCUCCGCAGGCCUAG